AUGUCUUGGAGCCAGUUCGACGUCGACGACCAUUCGCCGCCGAGCGUCGAAGCAUGGUGCGCAGAGUCUGCCGGGAUGCCAAGCAAUAAAUCGAGCUCGAAAAAACGCCGAGGACAGAAACGACAAUUAAGUCGGACUAACUCCACAGAGGACGGGUCCAACGACGGAUCAGGCGAAUGUGAAUCUUCGACCGGGUCCCUCAUGGAAGAAUCUGGUGCAAAGCGGUCAAAAGGCGGUCGGAAAAGCGGUAGCGGAACCCGGCGGCGGAAAGGAGUCAGCGCGCGUGAAAGGAACAGUCGUCGAUUAGAGAGCAACGAGCGAGAACGCAUGCGCAUGCACACACUUAACGAUGCCUUCCAGAACCUGCGCAAUAUCAUUCCGCACGUACGCGCGGAACGGAAACUGUCCAAAAUCGAGACUCUGACUCUAGCCAAGAAUUAUAUUUUAGCACUGUCUGACAUGGUAGUAGGACUCAAAGCAGACCUUGAUCGUUUAUCCACUGAACACGGGAUCGACAUCACACGCGCGUUGCAAAUCAUCGGAGAUAACAACAAUGAUAUAGACUUCUUACUAGACGAACAGCCGACCACUGAGGCAGCAAGUGCCGCAGCUGCCCAACUUCUCGGCACCGAUGAUCUCAAUGACGAGCUAGAAGAACAGCUCAAAGUAGAAAUAUGA